AUGCUGCUAUUUGUCACAUUUCUGCUGCUAUCUGGACUGGCCUCUACGGCCUUCACCUUUCCACAGGCGGCCGAGGAGAUACCAUUACAGCCGAUGGUGUUCCUCUCCGCUGAGGAAGAUGCUGCGGCCGCCUUUAUUGACAAUGAUUACCAAAAUGUGGAUUUCUAUGGCAACAGCAGAGUGGCCCGAGCGGCGGAGCAGGACGAGGGAAGGGACCUGGACGAGCUGUCCACUUUCAGCAGCGUCUUCACGGAUAGCCCAGUCGGCACCACGCAUUACGGGUCGUCGACCACCGAGAGCGACGACGGAGGCACCACCACAGGUGUCCCGGAGCCUGACGAGACUUGGACCGAAUCGGACCACAAAGAAAAAAACGCCACGGAGCUGGGCCACACGCGCAUUCACAACCCUCUAUUCCCGGUGACGGAGAGCUCCUACAACGCGUACGGGCUGCUGUUCCUCUCCUUCGUGGUGCUGGCCGUGGGCAUGCUGGGCAACCUGGCGGUGAUGUGCAUCGUGUGGCACAACUACUUCAUGAGGAACGCCUGGAACUGCAUCCUGGCCAGCCUGGCCUUCUGGGACUUCCUGGUGCUCUGCUUCUGUUUACCGGUCGUGGUGUUCCACGAGCUGACCAACAAGAGGCUCCUGGGGGACUUCUCCUGCAUGCUCGUGCCCUACCUGGAGGUAACAUCCUUGGGCGUGACUUCCUUCGGCCUGUGUGCCCUGGGCAUCGACCGCUUCCACAACGCCACCAGUUCCCAGCCCAAGCUCCAGAAGGUGGAGCGGUGCCAGUCGGUCUCCGCCAAGCUCGUCGUGGUGUGGCUGGCCUCCAUGCUGCUCGCCGCCCCAGAGCUGCUGCUGUGGAAACUGCAGCCGGCCGUGUCCCCUAACCUCGGGGUGGUGGUGGACACCUGCGUCAUGAGCCCCUAUCAGGACCUGCCCGAGUCCGUCUACUCCGUCGUUGUGAACUACCACGAGGCGCGCACCUGGUGGUACUUCGGCUGCUACUUCUGCCUGCCCGUGGUCUUCACGCUGCUGUGCCAGAUCGCCACCUGCCACGUGACGGAAGACAGCAGCGCCAGCAGCGCGCUCAAGAGCGCCGUGGACGACCACCACCACUCGCCGUCCAAGAAGCAGAAGCUGCAGCACGCCCAGCGCGUGGAGCGGCAGCUGAACUGCACCGUGCUGGCGCUCAUCGUGGUCUACAGCCUGUGCACGCUGCCCGAGAACGUCUGCAACCUGCUGCAGAUGUACGUGCCGUCGCUGAUGUCCGAGAGCGUGCUGGCGCGCCUCGGCCUCGUCAACCAGUUCUUCCUGUUCUUCAAGUCGUCGGUGACGCCCGUGCUGCUGCUGUGCCUGUGCAAGUCGCUGGGCCAGGCCUUCAUGGACUGCUGCUGCUGCUGCUGCGAGGAGUGCACGCCGGGCGGCGCCGGGCCCCGCACCUCCUCCGUCUCCUCCACCAGCGCCAGCGGCGGCUCCGACAGCAAGCUGCUGAUGAUGAGCACCCCGGAGAUGUCCACCUCCAUCUUCUUCGACAAGGGAAAGGACUGCUCCACCAUCAUGUCCUCUGGCUCGUCCAGUUGAGAAACGAGAGACUGCUGCUCGCUGUUGUUGUCGUUGUCGUUGUCAUGAUGGCAUGAUGUCAACCUGCACAU